UGUGUAAAGUGAAGGAAAAUACACCUGAUCAUAACCCCUUCCCCUCAAAAAUCUUUCAUUCCAGAAUAAAAUGAAAUUUAGAUGGAGCAGAGCAAAGCCAUCAAGGCGAGGAUGGCAAUUCUGGACCUUCACUUAACAGCAAAACAACCUCCAGUCCUCUUCUCCCCUCCCACUCCCACUCCCACUCCCAUCCCCACCUCCAAAUUCCUCAUCCCAUUUGCCAAACCUAGAUUACACCACCAUAAAAACAUAAUUCCUAACAUACCCUUUUCAUCAUUUAGAAAUGGAAGCAACACUCCAUCUGAAACAGAGUGCCCUGUUCCACUUGACCAACAGCCCAUAAAUGAGUACCAGAAUCUUUCCACUUCCUUCCCCUUUUCCUGGGCUGCCGAUGACUUUAUUGAGUACAGCUCUCGAUUGUUCGUUGUUGGCGCUGCUUUUGUUUUCUUUGUCGGGUUGCCCGUCGCUUGGUUUGGUUCGGUGAGACCAGAAUUGGAACCGUUGAAGCCAAUUCUUGCAGCUUUAUCCAGUGGGAUACUUGUGGUGAGUCUUGCUGUUGUGAGGAUGUAUCUAGGUUGGGCCUACGUGGGGAAUCGUUUGCUCAGUGCCACUGUUGAAUACGAAGAGACUGGGUGGUAUGAUGGUCAGAUAUGGGUGAAGACUUCUGAAGUUUUGGCACGAGAUCGACUUCUUGGUUCAUUUUCUGUUAAGCCUGUAUUGAGCAGAUUAAAGUACACUCUUCUAACACUUGCAACGUCAUUAUUUGUAUGCAUUCUUCUGUUCAUCAAUGUUGGUGAAGCCCAAAAGGGUCCAUACCCAUCUGAAGCAGCUAAGGAUAGAGCCAUUCCUGGGGUGUAUAAUGAUGAUUCAGCCAGAUCAUUCGAGCCAGAUGCAUUCUGCGGUGAGCCAAAUCUUUCUUAGUUGCAAAAAAAAAAAUUAAGCAGCUGUCUAUAUUUUGUACAGGCCAGUAUAGAUUCAGGAGCAUAUUUUUAUAUCUACAUCCCCUUUCUGUACAGUUUUAUAAGUCCCUGUAUACUAUACUGUAAUUUAUUUUCCUGUGGUUGAAAAAUGUUGCGAACGAACAAGUGCAAUGACAUUAAAAUAUAUUCACCUCUCAA